AUGGAGGCGAUUGAAUACUUAGGAGAGACUAAGGUGGUCGCAGCGCACCAGCUACAGCAAGGAGAUGGAACGGCGCCUCCGGAGCUGCUUUCCUUUGCCCCCGUUGGGGUCGCCUGCUGCAGCAGCAGCAGCCCAGCAGGAGCUGAUGAGGUAGCAGAAGACUGGGGAGGUACAUACAAUUUCACCGAGGCUCCAGUGGCAACCGAACAGGGCGCUUGUUACUGUUGCGCAGACACUGGAUGCAGCGGGAGCAGCAGUAGCAGCAAUUGCAAGGCGUACCGGUGGUGGAGUCCCCACCGCAGCAAAGACGUCAGCGCUAGCAGCGGCAAAGAUUCGGAUGAUCUAGACUGCAGCACUGUAUGCAGUUCCUCCAGUCGGCCAGAGGGGCCUCUCGACAUCCCUGUGGAGUCGUCCUUCCGCGGAGUUGACUGCAGCAGCAGCCCUAGCAGCGAAGACGGCAAAUGGUCGGGCCGCUUGCAUGUGCCUGUGAAGGAGGCAAUUCGCAGCGGCUCUUCCUCUCCAUACUCUGCGUCUUCUCCAAGUAUUGGCAGCGAAAGCAGUGGCCGGGUUUGCAGCAGAAACGAUGCACACUGUCCCCUGGAUGCCGCUGCAGCACUCCAGCAAGACACAAUUGCUAAAGGUCAAAACAAGAAGUCUCCAGAAAGCGACACCCGUGCCACUCAGCUGCACGGUUCCUUCACACAAGGGGCUCCUGGCGGCAUUACAAAACACAGUUUCCUUGAGGUCGGAGGCCAAGAGGGGCUUCAGGAUGAAGUCAACCCCGAUCACAGGAGUGACGCCCCAGCAACAGCAGCUGCCGGUGUCAGUCCUUCGGGCGCAGUGGCGGCGCCUCCAGAUGAAGGUUCAGUGGCACUAUCAAUGCCUGCACCGGUGGCAACACCAAGAUCAGCGAAAAAGGACUGUCCAAGCGAUGAGUCUUGUUCCAGGGGAAGUAAUAAACUCCCUCAAUGUGCUUGCUUACCGGGAGCUCCUUCAGUGGAAUCUCGGCUGUGCUACUGUCUCGAGCAUCUGCUUCUGGGUGUCUCCUGGGGGCCCCUGUGCCUUUGUGGUACUCUACAGGAGCCGGCACCGCAGGGCGCUGGGUGCUGCAGAGGCGACCAUGCCCUCGUGAACCCCCAGCAAGAGCUUGAGCUUCUGCUGCAGCGAGCUGCACAGGCUACUGCAGCCACUGACUGGGAGCUCCCUCCUGUUCAGGGGCCCCCACACCAGCUACCAUUAGCCAGCAGGGUGGGUAUGAGCGCCGACAGCCAUGGCAAACGGAGCGCACUCAAGGUAAACUGCUGGGCCCCACGUUAUCUAGGGACUGAUGACUCUGCGGCCCCAGGUGCCCCUCCAAGAGAUAUCUAUUGCUCGGUCAGCCCCAGUCGCAUCACCGCAUCUGCUGCUAUGGAAUUGCCCAAAGGCCCUUUAGGGGCGCUCUCUGUGACUGAAGGGCCCCAUCCAUUUCCUUUAGCAGGGCUUUCUUGGAUGCGGGCCUCCACUGAAGACACUCCACCCGUAAGCGAUUGGGGCAGUCCCACGCAACAGUGGGAAAUCCCCCAUAGGGCAGAGGUGGACCCCCAAGUCUGCAGCCCCAUCAAAGCCAAAGCCUGCUGGCAUCCGAGUUCACACAAGAAGCGCGCUUCCGCGAAGAGCACGUUUGCCAGAGAGGACGGAGAUGACGGGCAGGGGUCGCCUUGCCGCUUGCCAGAGGCUAAUGAUCCCUUUGUAGGGCUCGAAAGGCAACCCAGUGGGCAUUCCACCACCCUAAACCGGUAUCCCCGAACGGCGCUCUCCGUAGACUUUUUCGUAAGUACUACAGCUUUCUGUUCAGAAUCUUCAGAGGACGAGGCCCGGGAGAGUGCCCUGGAGGACAAAGACCCCAUGCUGCCUCUCGUUAGUUUGAGCCCUCGUUCCUGCAACCGAGGAGCGUUUGGGGGAAUAAAGACUUUAACUGAAGGCCGCAGGAGAAGGGAAGGAGCGACAAGGGAGAGAGAGCGCCCGGCUGAGGGGUGCACCGUAGCAAAACAGACAGGGCAAGGUACCCUGUUGCCUCCCAGCAGAACCAAUGGGGCUACCUUUAGUUUAAGGCCCAGUCCACACCAACAUCUUAUGCGUUCUCCAGUAGGUGGCCCUUACAAAUGCCACGAAGAUACCUGGGGAGAUACUCAGGAAACUGAGAAACAGGCAAAAGGCCACGGUGGCCCCUCAGCAUACGGCGGGAGCCUCUGGCGAGACAACGGGAGGCAUAGUAUGAAAGACGCUACAAGCAGUGGCAGCGUUAGUAUCCCUUCAUCACCACUGGGGAUUGCAGCAGUGCCUGUAAGGACGAGAAAAGGCUUCCGCAAGCCCCUCCCCCUUCCGCCUCAGAUGCUCGCCGCUAUCGCUGCAGCAGGACCUCGCAAAUCCGUGGAUCCGGUGCUACAGUACGAUGGUGAAAGCCGAGAAUGGAGGGUGUUUUGGAUGGAAGAGCCCCAAGCACGAUACAAGGUCUUUCAGUCAAAGAAGUUUGGCAAAGAAAGAGCUCAGCAGCUGGCACUCGAGUGGCUACGGAGGGCUAAGGCAGGGGCUAUUCAUGGCUCGGGGAGAGGACCCAGGGGCUCGGCGGGAUCCCUGGGGUACAGAGUCAAAAGAGGCCGGCACGAGGGGCCCCCCGUCGCAACGGAAUACAAGCACAGCAGCCCAGAGACAUUCCACUUCUCUACACCACAUUCCACCUUAGCCCUUUCGCCUGAGGGAUCACCCGCUCUUGCCCCUUUUCCUACAGCCUUCCCGGCCCUCUGA